AUGGACGUCGUGCACGGAAUGUUCCGCGCAUUGCGUACGCGCAAGAUGGCCCGCGAACAGUACUCCUUCGAACUUCUCAAAUCGAACUCGGCCCACGACUUCCGCCUGGAAGAGCACCAACUACCCCGCUUCUCUUCACAGCACGAGAAUUUGGCAUCAAAUCGGGGAGUCACAGAGUCGGCUGGUUAUGGGACAUCUACCAAAACCGGAAACAACCCGUUUGAUGUU